GCUCCGCGUCUAUAAAAUAUAAAUCCGCGGCGAGCGACGUCACCAUUGAAUUAUGCCUGAAAAAUUUCGCAUCGUGCGAUGACUUUUACAUAUCUCCGCCGCAGUAAAUCUUCGUGUCAAUUUCUUUAUUGCGCAGCAUCGAUUUCGUUUCAUUUCACUGAGAGCCAGCGAACGAUCUUUUAUAUUUUACAGCUGCAUUGGCAGCGGUCGAUAUCUCGAAGAAAAAUGUCUCCUUAAUGGCUUCUAAUAAUUAAAAUAAAAAGUGAAAGAGAAGAAAACGUAUUAUAUAUAAAACGGUUAAGAGUAUCGAAAAUGCUUUCACUUCUAAGGACAUUUUUCUUUUUAUAAUUUGUUACGUUAAAAACUCAUUUAUAAACGUUAUUAAAGUCGAUUUUUCAGUCGUAAACUGACAUUAGGAAGCAUUACGAGAUUACAUGGUUCUAUUAGUAAAGUUGAGAAGAACUCUCAGAAUAGAGCCAGAGAUCGUCUUUUUAUCUUUUUAUGAGAAUGCGUCCAAAUUUUGGGUCAGGAAACAUCGGUGUGUAUAAAGUAGCUGAAAUUUCGAUCCAAGGUCUCAGAAAAUGACUUGCAAGUGAUUAGUUUAUUUUUGUGUGAUUUUCUCCGGAAAAUUCAAGAUAAAGGUGAGUUGACGAUCGGAUAGGAUUGUCUAGACGUUCUGUGUGACUCAUUUCGUUAUUUAGACCAAAUAUAUUCUACUGUUACUCAUCGUUUCGUGAUUCGGAGCGCAAAGGAAACUUUAUCAAAAAAUUUUAAUUAUGAUAAGAGAACGAGGAAAUGUAUUAUCAACAAUGUACGACUCGCUAGGUUAGGUAGAUAAGUCAGAACUCGUUCAUAGUUGAAAAACGGCUCGGUAAAACCGUAGUAGCUCUAUCUCUCUUUUGUGAGAAAAACCCGAUAGUAAAGGCGGGCUUUCGAAUUUUCGACGAAAAGCGACAGUGACGGCGUCUCGCGUCUACAUGCGUCGUCACGCCGGCAGCUUGGCGAAGGCACCGCUCGCGGCGCCACCCUCGGGAGCGUCGUUCUUUGUUUCGGUUUGAAGCACAGUCUCCGUCGGACGAAGCGCGUAGCCCGGUGUACGACGGAAAAUUCGUGGCGUGCGGUAGCGAGAGACGAAAGAGAGAGUGAGAGAGAGAGAGAGAGAAAGGAGGAAGGUCGGAGAAGGGACAGGACGACGGGGAACGAACGAACGAACGAGUAACGCAACGAGACAAGACGAGUUUCGCGAGAGAACCCGCACACGAUCGGAGAGCUGCAUUCGUGAGAAAGAUCCGCCGAGAGUGAGAACGAACGACCACGCGUCCCGCGCGAUACGUUUGGAUGGACGUGAUGGACUGCCUUGCCGCGAGAGCAAUUCGAAUCGGACCAGACUCGCUCCCUCUGUGUAAAUAAAACGCGCGACGGUGGCCGCGCGAGCCAGUAAACCCGGAGUGUACGCGAGAGAGGAGAAAGGAGGAAGAAGUGGUGUUGUGGUAGUAACAGCAGCAGCAGCAGCAGCAGCAGCAGUAGUAGCAACACAGCAGUCGUGGUGGUGGUGGUGGUGGAAGAGGAAAGAAGUAGUAGAGUACAGGGAUAGCGUGUCGAAUACAGAACGGAGGAGCAGGAGGUGUAUCGGAAGUGUCGAGGUGACGAGGUGCGUUUGACAGGCGAGCGCUUUUUCUUUCUCCCUCUCUCUCGGCUUCCUUCCGUUUGUCUCUCCUUUCGCCGCGUCUCUUGCUCUCUUCUUCGUUCGUGGUGGCCCCGCGUGCGUGCGUGCGUGUGUCGUUCACCGAUUCACGUGUGUAUCGCGCGUGCGUGCGAAUAUGUGUACGUGUUAGUGUGGUGGCGGCGGCGGCGGCGGCGGUAAGAGAGAAAAAGAGACGUGUAUGUGCGUGAUACACAUGUAUACGUAUAUACGACGAGUGUAGUGGUGACACUAGCUCUCCGGUGUGUCGUGCGCACGUUUGCGCUCGCGCUCGCGCUGCGAUUUGCAUUGUUUGGCUCGCGGCGGUACAGCGUUAUUCGCGCGCGGCUCUCCGCUCUGCUGCACGAGAUAGAGAGAAGGUAAGGAGAGAGGAGUGACAGAGAGAGAGAGAGAGAGACAGAGAAAAAGAGAGAGCGAGAGGGAAGCAUCGUCGUGCACGAGCAAACUCGCGCGGGGAGGAGAAAAGGGACGAGACGUCGAAAAGUCGAGACGACGACGUUCGGGGGUGGAGCAUUGCCGCCGCCAACAACAACGUCCUUGUGUUUGUGCGAUUUCGUUGGUUCGUGCGCCCGUCGUCGUCGUCGUCGUCAUCGUCGUCGACGAUCGCCGCCGCCGCCGCCUUCAGCGCGUCGCGACGGGGGUUGCCGACGCCGCCGCCACCGCCGCCACCGCCGUCGUAUCCCCAUCGAUUGCCGGCCACCGAUUCGCCGGGUAUAACAGUGCGCGUGUGAGAAGGAAGAGAAGAAAAAAGUGCUGCCGCGUGUCGCCGCUGCUGCCGUCGACGACGACGACGUCGUCUACGUCGUCGUUGUUGCUGCUGCUGUGCCUCAGUUGCACGUACACGCCGUAUCACGGGGUUAACGGUCUCUCGUUAUCUCUCGGAGGUGAGGAGGCGCCGUGCCGCCGACGCCACGACGACCUUGGAGACGGUGGAGAGUUUCGGAAUAGGGUACAGUCAGGGGGCGGGCGCGAGCACAGGCGACUGGAUGAAACCACCGGGGGAUCUGUUUCUCUACUGCGACAUGAAGGACCUGGGCGCCGACAUGAUCGCUCCUUCGGCGAAAAAGCUCUGGGGCGUAGACGACGGCGGCUCCAAGGACGAAGGGGGUGUGAAAGGCGGUGGGAUACUUCACCUGGGCGACCACCAGAUGUGGCGGGAUUCCACCUGGAGCACGUCAGAUCAUGCGGUGUCACAGCCAAUUUCUAUGGGCACUGGUAGACGCGUGGGUGUUGGAACGGGAUACCACCAUCAGGCAUCAGAGGUCGGAACAGUGCUCAGCCCCAGAAGCAGUGAAACAGGUGGUUUGGGAGUUAAGAUGGUCGAGUACGUUCUUGGAUCGAGUCCCACCACACCAAAAGAAUUGGAACCACGAAUGGUCUCUCUGAGAUUGAACACCGAUGCGGAUAAGAAAGAGAAGGAGAAAGGUUCGGCGAGUCCCUUUGAUAAUUCAAAGGAUGACACUGGACCACAGGGUAACGGAUUGGCGUCUCAAAACGGACUGGACGACGACAAAGGAUUCAAUCGCACACCCGGUAGCCGUCAGCCUUCACCGGGGGAGGAAGAGUUUCAAAAGAACGCGGCUGCGACAUUGGCGGUGAGCGCCGGCGGCGGUGGCGUCGUACUGCUAAAACCCGGCGUGGACGUGGUCGGCAAUGAGGAACAUUUUAUGGCAGCGUUCGCGCCGGCACCACCGCAUCAUUUGCAGCAUCAUCAGGCACCGCCGGCUCAUCACCUGCAACAUCCACACUCGCACGCGGCCGCGCAGCUGUUUGGCGCCCAGGCGCCUCCACCCCCGCAAGGUCCACCGCCGUCGCAACAGCAGCAACAGCAGCAGGGUCCUCCACAACCGCAAGACACUACCACACACUUCGACGUGCAACAACUAUUCCGCAGUCAGCCGCAGGGCGCGACACCUCAGCAGCUGCAGCUAUUGCAACAGCAGCAGCAACAGCAACAGCAACAGUACUUGGCGGCAUCGCAGGCGCAGCAGCAGCAGCAGCAACAACAACAGCAGAACUUCCCCACGGCGCCGUACACGGUCAUCAGUGGCCAAGAACCAUACGUGGGCGCGCUGAUAGCUGGCGCACCACCACCAGUGGUACCGCAGUACUAUGGUGUUGGUCCCUGGGUCUACCCGGCCGGUCUUCUGCCUCAAGCACCACCACAGGCGGCCGCGCCACCGCCACCAAGACGACCACUCACACCCUCAUCGGCGGCGGCUGCGGCCGCGGCCGUGCAGGACACCGCGAACAAUUUGGCACAGACGGUUCAGGGCCAGUAUCAGGUGAUACCGGCAUAUUACGACCAGAACGGCUCCAUCGUUAUGGGAGGUAUGCGCGGCUUGAGCUCGGCAGCGACUCCCAUGAGAUUAGUCAGUCCCGCACCAGUUCUCGUGAAUAGAGCACCGUCUCAACCGCCACCAGGCCCGCCGGCUCCACCACCGGCGAACUUAUAUUCACAACCGACCCCGACGUCACACAGCAACGCCGCACCCGGUGAAUGUCUCGGUCUGGCGGCGUGCAGUGCAGCGGCGGUGGUCGCACAAGCUCAGGCAGUUGCGGUGCAACAGGCGCAGCAGCAGGGUUCGGGUCUAGCCGCGGGUUUAGCGGCACUAGGAUACGGCGGAUCACCGCUCGGAGCAUUGGGCUCGCCCGCCCAACUGCAGAACACAGGUUUAGGCCUCGGUGCGUCUUCGACCGGCAGACGAGAUUCCUUUGAUAGAAACACUUCAGCCUUCAGUCCGAGCUUGGAAUAUAGCCGGGCGAAGUGGCCUCAGAGUUAUGGCGCUCUCGGAACAGUAACCGCAUCACCGAGUCCGUUGGGAUUGUCAUUAACACCGCCGCCGACUCUGGGAGGAUCUCUUGGCGGACUUGUUGGUGGCGCCAGCCGAGUGUCGGCUGCUCCUGGCGCAGAGGCCAAGUUCCGUGCAAGUGCAGUUCCUGCAUUGACGGCCAAUGGUGUCUUUGGCUCCAGCAGCUCUCUGUUCCCUAAUCUCGUGGGCAAACCUGGUCGCGGAGGUGCUGCUAAUAUCAGCGACAAGAAUGCUGGCGGAAGAUCGCGUUUACUUGAAGAUUUUCGAAAUAAUCGAUUUCCGAGUCUUCAGUUACGUGAUUUAGCUAAUCAUAUAGUAGAAUUCAGUCAAGAUCAACAUGGAUCAAGAUUCAUCCAACAGAAGUUGGAACGUGCCUCGGCCAACGAGAAACAACUCGUGUUUCAGGAGAUUCUUUCCUCUGCAUAUUCCCUUAUGACUGACGUCUUUGGAAAUUACGUUAUACAAAAGUUCUUUGAAUAUGGCACUCCAGAACAGAAAUCUACUCUUGCUCAAAAGGUUCGCGGGCACGUAUUACCAUUGGCCCUCCAAAUGUAUGGCUGCAGAGUGAUACAAAAAGCACUAGAGUCGAUCGGUCCGGAGCAACAGCAGGAGAUUGUACGUGAAUUAGAUGGGCACGUAUUGAAGUGCGUGAAAGAUCAGAAUGGAAACCACGUUGUCCAGAAGUGCAUCGAAUGCGUCGAACCGCGAGCUCUACAAUUCGUGAUCGGCGCAUUCACGGGUCAAGUUUUCGCCUUGAGCACACAUCCUUACGGCUGUCGCGUAAUCCAGCGCAUUCUCGAACAUUGCACUGCUGAACAGACACAGGGUAUCUUGCAGGAACUUCAUGCCUCCACCGACCAGCUUAUUCAGGAUCAAUAUGGCAAUUAUGUCAUUCAACAUGUGCUCGAGCACGGAAAGCCAGAGGAUAAAGCACAAUUAAUCAGUAGUGUCAGAGGCAAGGUACUCGCUCUCUCUCAGCAUAAAUUUGCGAGCAACGUGGUUGAGAAAUGCGUGACUCACGCAACUAGGCAGGAACGCGCUAUAUUAAUCGAAGAAGUGUGCGGCUUUAACGACAAUGCAUUGAACGUCAUGAUGAAGGACCAGUACGCCAAUUACGUCGUUCAGAAGAUGAUCGACGUUGCGGAGCCAGCGCAGCGCAAAGUACUGAUGCACAAGAUCCGCCCGCACUUGGGCAGUCUGCGCAAAUACACCUACGGAAAGCACAUAAUCGUAAAAUUGGAGAAGUUCUUCAUGAAGACCGCUUCGGCGAUAGGAGUGGCGACGCCAGCCGGUGGAUCGACGAGCGGCGGCAGCGAUCUCGGCCCGAUCGGACCGCCGGCUUCUGCCGCUGGUCCGGUGUCUACGCAGACGCAGGCAUCCACGCAGGUUUUAUAAACACUCGCGCGCGCGCACGAUCUUUUUCUCUCCGUUGCGGGAGGAACAAACAGCUACAGUGAGAGAAACGGGAAGAGAAAAAGAACUCUAUACAUAUUAUAUAUAUACGACCUCCGCACGUCACCAGACAUGUUUGACCCUACUUUACUUCUAACGAGAUCUGUUGUUUUACCGUUACGAUCACCGUCGACGGAAAAACGACGAAUCUCGAUGAUCCGUCGCUUUCUCGUUGACCCGUGUCCUCUGAAGGCAGAAAACAAAAAGAAAAGAGAAAAAAGAAAGAAAACGUUCGAAAGGAAGGCGAGAAAAUGAUGACUGACACGCCGCUUCAAUGACAGGAGAAAUUCGCGCUAGGUGUAAUUUUUCUUAUUUUUGCAAUCGCGGUAAUCCACGAAAGCGUUUGUACAGUGACGCGCGCCUCCUUGGUACCCGGGCAACGCGAGAUCGGCAACGAUACGGCGAGAGUCGCUCUCCAACGGAGAGAAUAUGAAAAGGAGCGGUCUGUAAAGAAACGAGGAGUAGGGAUGUGAUACGUGCAGUACAUCUUUUUCUAUUGUUAAUGGAAAUCGAAAUGCGACUCCCCUCGCGUAGCAGAAGUGUCGCGUGUGUAACACGGGAAACAUACGCGACUCGAGUACACGACACACGAACACACACCGUGGAGAUUGCAUCCACGGUAAGAUGACGACGGGUCUCGCGAAACUAAUCGACUUGACUCUAUUCGAUCGAAUUUUGAGUUACAUACCAUGACGACCAACGUCGACGACGACAACGACGUCGAGCGGCGAGGACAGCUGGCCGCUCCGUCUCGUCGACGGACCGAGUCGAGCGAAAAAUUCCUCAUGAAAAACUAACAAGUUCCCUCACGUAGAUCCGUCGUGCUAUACUAUUAUUAUUACCGCCACUUCGAAAGGAGAAUCCGUCUGUUUACUUUUUUCUCAAAGCAGUCGCUCUCAGUCGGCUCUCAAUUUAUUAUUAUGAUACGUACAUGAUUAUUCAUUGUCGUCUCGAACCGACGAAGACGAAGUAGAGUGAGAAAGCUACUGUUAUUAUCCCUUUGAUAGCGAGAGCGCGCGAGAAAAGCGGAGCAUCUCUGUAGAGUGACGGAUAUUAGACGGACGGAUAAACAUGCACGCACGCACGCGCCGGGUGCACAUAUGGUCGAGACGGCACGUCGUGCCCGGCGAACGACGUAGAUUCUCGCGAGGACGGAAGAAUUAACAGACAGUUUUUAGACAGUUAGGUCUCUUAUUAGUGCUGCAUGCAUUUAUAUCGACUUGUAAACGAGAGAGUUCGCGUAAGAAAAAAAAAAAAGAAAAGGAUGCGAGAACGCGCGUGGCGCGCGUGAUGACGCUUCGAUUGCGCGCGUAUACCGCGCGCCCCGCUUUCUACUGCUACAACACCCCCAGAGUCCCCUUUACUUACGCAGCCGGCUGAAAAUUUUCUUUCCUCCCCUUUGCUCUCCUCUCCCCUGCCUCUUACCUUCUACUUCUUAAUUAUGUUUUUUUAUUUUAUUUCUCCUUUUUCUUUUUUUUAAAUUAGUCGUUUACGCGCGAAGUGGUACUACGCACCUGAUCGGGACGAAUUCGCGACGAGUCCGCGCGCGACGCAACGGAAACGUGAGUAAAAGGGUGUGUUUGAGAAGUAUGCAGUAGCGGUUAGGAGUUAUAGAUUUGUUGUUUAAAUGUAGCAUAGCUUUGACAUGGGAACGAUGAAAAUCGGACACCGGAUCCUCCCCCAACCCUCCAUCCACUCACUCCUCCUUCCUGCUCUGACCUCUGACGAUCAUCACACGGUCAUCUAUCCUUUGCCCCUUACCCAACCUUCCCGAGACUGCUUGGAUACGUUCAUAUACACACAAACACAUACACAUUCACUUCCCACUCCUUAUACACAACACACGACAUAUACACGUAGAGAGAGACCGAUUAUUUCGUUGUUCGUUUAUUUUCUUCUUUUUUUUAUGUAGAGAGACAACCUUCGAAGAUGAACAAGAGAAAAAGAUUUUGUGUUCUUUAGUUUUUUUUUCUUUUUUCCAUUUCGCUUUUACUUUUGAAGAUGAUUAUAGAUGACACGCAAUCAUACACGUACACGUAUAGAGGGAAAAUAAGUGAAAAAAGGAAAACGGACGAAGAAGUAAGCAAGGAGAGACACAGAGGCUAUUUUAUAAGCCGCAUUCUCCUCUAUGUUCAUUUUAUUUUCUGUCGUUAUUACUCUUUUUGUUCGUUGCCCGCGAUUAAAGGAACGCGUGUUUCUUUUCUACUCUUAUUUCCCUCUUAUUUCUUUCUUUUUCUCAUUUCCCGAAUUCCCCCGGCCCCCUCCUUCCUUCACUCCCCAUUUGAGAUCCUCGAAUUUUGUAAAUUGUGAUAUAAAUAAAUAACAAAUGUGUAUAGCUACGAAUAUCCAAGACGCGAGGACCGUAUAAAAAUUCAAUGAAUAUUUUAUUUUUCACGGGAAAUCUUUUUCUCCCAUUUGCCCUCUCUUUUUUUAUGGAGUCUGUGAAUAUUGUGUAUUAUAAUAAUUACUAAUUAUAUUAAAUUUAAAAUAUGUUUACUUUCUAACGCUGCUGCCUUAACCGAUAAGUUACACUCCUUUGAUCCCUCCCUGUUACUUUCCCCGUUGCCUUCCCGCCUCCCUCUUCUCUCUCACUCUCUUCAUUCAUCCGACUUUGCAUUUUUUCGUGUAUCCAAUUGUAAAAUAUAAACAUUUCUCAUGGAGUCAUGCUAGAAAAAAAUUAUAUAUAUAUGCAUAUGUGUACAUAUAUAAAUGUAUAUAUUAUAUAUUUAUUUAUAUAUAUAUGCCAUAUGCACAUACAUAUAUACAUACAUACAUUAUAUAUAUAUGUAAAGAGAGAGAGAGAGAGAGAGAGAGAUAUCUAUAUAUAUAUAAAACAAUUCCUCUGUCCUCGUCCCCUCCAAUAUCCUCAUUUUUUAAAUAAUUUGCAGCUACCGUUUUUUCUACGGUGAUCUUGAAAUGUAGAGACCAUUGUACAUUGUAUAAAUGAUAACGCGUUCUUCAGAAAAACAAAAGUAUCGGAAAAUCGUGCAUAACGCAUGUGUAUCUAUAAUAUUUUCGCGCCAUUAUCCUCUCUCCCUUCUCUUUCCCCUUUUAUCUCUUUGGAUAUAUACAUACACAUAUAUAUACACAUAUAUAAAUAUAAAUAUGAAUAUAAACUCGACACACAUACACACGGAGCAUUUCAAUUUGUAAUAUAUACUGACGGUUGGAAGUAAAGAGGAGGAGGACAGCGCGUUUGCAGUUGAUUUUUAGUGGAAGCACGCAGCUUCUCACGCGGAGCUAACGCGGCAUAAACAGACAAAAGAUCCUCACACGAGGAGUCUCUUUCUUUCUCGGCUUAAAAUUUUUAUCGUACGCACGAUAUCUUUUCUCUUUUUACGAUCACGUCGUUCGGCUUUCGCGCGCGCAUUAUCGCGUAAGUUUCAUCGUAGGUUGUUUCCGCGCGUUAUCACGCGCAAAUUCACAGAUGACUGUUAACAGUCUGUAAGCAUAUGCUCGCGGAAGGAGGGUCUCGUUCGUUCGGUGGUUUGAUUUCGACCGCUUUUUAGUUCGCAGAUUUUGCGAUCGACGGAGGAAACGUUGAGAUUACGAUCGAGUUGUGCGCCUUAAAAAAUAAAGCUCGUGUAUAAUGUAUGAUAUAUAUAUUCCGUUAUUAAAAAGUAGUUGUUAAAUAUGUAGAAACCACAUAAAAUGGACGAGUACGGUGGGACUCGCCGACAACUCGAUUAAACCCAAACGCCCGUCGCGCGAAUUUGUACAAAAGAGAAAAAAGAAAUAGGUAGGCAGGAGGGUGGGAAGGAAGGAAGAGGGAAAAGAAUGUAGCAGCUUUCUUUGUAAAAUAUUGUAAAUAACGAUUUAUUAACGAAAUUGACAAAUUCCUAGAUCACACUUUCUCUCUCUCUUUUUCUUAGUUAGAUGCGUAGAUCGCUUAUGUUAAAGGUGGGAAAUGGACGGACGGACGAGUGCGCACAGUUUAAACGGUGGUGAGAAUCUACAGGAAGAUUUUCUCUUCAAGAUCUUUCUCUGCGCUUCCUCGUGAGUGCUGCGUAGCUUUCGGCGCUGCUUCCGACUCUGAAAAUCGUUGAGGACGUGCGCUCUCGCUUGUUGGCAUUACACGGACAGAACAUAUUAACAGAGAGAAACACAUUCACAUAUGCAGACACACGAUGAACCUCUCUCUGUCUACAGAGACCAGACAUUCCAACCGCCAAUUCAUUCUAAGUUGACAAGACACACACAUACAAUACACAGACACAUCACCGUAUACCCUUACGUAUCGUUAAAACGCGAAUUAUCUAGGUAAACCGCGAGAGACGCGAGACAUUGUUUAUAAUGUUUAAAGAAUGACUAGAGAAAGAGAGAGAGAGAGAACAUAGUUCCUUCAUCCGUGUGUAAUAAAUCGCGUGCGCGCGUAUCAUCUGUAAAUUAAUCUGUCGAAAAAACCGCGCCUCUCAUCUGUAAUAGAUCCAUUUUCGCAAACCACCAACCACCUUUACCACCAGCCACCUCCACUAUUACCCACCAUCGUCACAAAUCACACCUUCACCAAAACGUGAAAACAGAAAAGUGUUUAUGUAAAAUUAAGCGAGGAGGUGUUAACAAAACAAGAAACAAAUGUCGAACGCAAAAUCUCUCAUGUCUUAUCAGCUAACGUAAGAUUAUCAAUGUUCUCUAUCAUAUAUAGUUUUAUUAUUACUCUAUGAUUAUUAUUAUAUUAUAAUAAUUAUUAUUGUAUUAUUAUAUUAGCGCUACAUUUAUCAUAUGGUCGAAUGUAUUGUUUGAUUAACGCCCCCUACCCCCUACCUCCCCCUCGAGUCCCCACUAUUUGAUUAUUCGUUUUUGCUAUUCACACACUAAUCGCUAAUGAGCCAUAUGUAAAUGUAUGUAUAUGCAUAUAUAACCCGCAAAUAUAUACAUAUAUACACAUGAUGCAUAUGCAUAUAUAUAUAUACAUAUACACAUAUACAUAUACAUAUACGCAUGUAAGGCAAGAAGCACACGUAUGUAACGCGUUUAUAAAUACGGUAUAUAGCAUAUUCGAAGUACGUUUUUUCAUUAAUCUUUCCAGUCGUCACACGUUUCUCUCCCCACGCCCUGUGAUGAUUACAAUGAUGAUAACGAUGAUAAGGAUAACGAUAAUGACGAUUAUGACGUGGACGAUGAAAGAAAAAAAGAAAAAGAAAGAUAAGGAAAAUCUCCAUCUCUCGAAUUUGGUAUGAACGUUUAGCGGUAGAAUCGCAAUUACCUUAGCGCUGUCGUCUGAUGUAUAUCUACUUAAGGCUACCCCUCGUCCCAGAGAAGGCAGAAAAGAAAAUGAAAUGAAACUUCUUAUCGAUUUUUAUUGAUUAUAAAUAGUGUAAAUUUUUUAUAUAGCGCGCGAAGAGAAAAAAAAAUAUGCGACACCGCCGACGACGAAGACGUGGCGAAUAUACCCGCGAGCGAAAUGCGUUUAUUAUGUGUAAAGAUAAAAACAAAACUAAACACGAGGAUAAAACAAACCCAUGGAAAGAAACGGAAUAGUGAACGAUGAGAUUUUCAUACACGUACACACGUUCAGUACACAAGCUCUCGAAUCUUUAUUCGCUUUAUUGUAUCUUUCGUCAUACUCACUUAACUUAAAUACACACACACAUACACAUGUAUUUCGCUUCCUAAGACUGGAUUACAAGUCACGUUGAGCGAAAGAGACACCGAAAAACUGGGCCUUCGCCCAGAUCAAGGUUAACGCCGCCGUUUUUGACAUUGUUGUUGUUGAACAUCGUGAUUUGUAAGCCACCUGUCAUCUCAACGUGAUAACUGUCGUACGUGAGAGAGAAGUGAGGACAAAGAACAGAGAGAAUCAAUGAUCGACCGAUUUGCGCGUGAAGAUAUCUUCACUACUCUCUCACAGCACGAGGCGGUAUGCGAUAACUUGGCGUGUAAGAAAGAGUGUAAAGCAUGUGGUGGAAAUACGGUUAAAUCUGGAGGAGAAAGAGAGAUUUCGUCGACGAGGAUAUCGCUGUAUAGCAGCACAGAAUUCAGUGCAAGAAACUUGAAAAGUAUUUGAGAGAAGCAACGAAGGAAAAGGCAGUUUUGCGAAUGUCGUUUCAUGUGUGGUCUUCAGUUGCUGUUGAACUUUGUUUCAGAAACGCGAAGAGCCGAUUCGAGUCUAUCGUAACGCGAUCCAAUUAGGGAUUGAAUAAAAUAGCGCGUAAUUUUUAUCUGAAUCGAAACUAAAUUAGAAGCGAAUUAAAGUCGAUCGUUAACAUGCUUCAGAAUCUCGUAAAUCCCAACAGUAGUUUAGAUCUUAAAGAGUCUGAUUAGCUCCUUAAUCGAUCAAUUAAGGCUUAAAAUUAUACUUGCAAACGAUUAAACAUAUCUCUAAAAUUUUCGAAUACUUUAACAAUCAGUAAAUAGCCAUAAAAUUAACGUGAUAUGUAACUUUCUUUUUUAAUCUAAUUUCCUAUAUCGUUAUUCUGUCAUAUUAAUUUUAAGAUUAUUUAUUGAUUGUUAGAACAAAAAAAAGGUGGAACCUUCUUGGACGGAAUAUUUUAAAAAUGUAUUUAAUUGAUCGCAAGUUAUCUUGUGAUUAUAUCUUUGCGAAUAUCAAGGAGCCUUAAUUCUUAAUCAGAAAUGUAGAGGAUUUUCUCUAAUCUCUUGCAAAAAGCACCGAGUUCGAUGUGUACAGCGAUAUCACGCGUCGAGAGAGUGCAGCAUCGCCGUGAUAAAAUUGUAUCGUGCAAAACAGCUCUCCGUUUUUCUCUCCCACCGACCCUCGUCUCUCCAAACACAUUUGUACUUUUCAGGCGUCCUUCACUCUUUUCACCGCACUGUUCCCUCUAAUACUUUUUCUCCCUUCCCUGACUUCUUCUUCUGAUCCAUACAUCCUCUUUCUGCCUAUUCUUUCCUCUCUAUUCUUCGAGAAUCGAUGCGAAAACGACCGUAAGGCCACUCUUCUCCUCACCGGGACAUAAAACAUUAAGGAAAACAAUUAAGCAGCCCUAUAAAUAUUGAUUAUACAUAUAUAUAUAAAUAUAUGUAUACAUAUAUAUAUCUGUAUAUGUAUAUCUAAGCCUUAUCGGUAUGAUAUAUAUAUAUGUAAUAAGUACUAUUUAAAUAUUGUAACAAUUGUAUAUGAUUUUAAUAUACUACACGCUAAUUGUAUUAUAUAUAUAUGAAGGAUCUGCGACAUCCCACUUGUAGACAUAUACAGACGAAACAUACAAGUGUCAUGACAUGUACACACCCUCAACAUACACGCGCGUGUAUACUCCACACAUACAGAUAGAUACAAACUCCUCUUUCCACACAGCACACACACACACAUACACACACGUACGUAAGAUAUUUGACAUGAAAAUACGUUGCACAUGAUACAUAUAUACAUCCACAAAUACACGUAUACGUAUGCACAUACAUACGCACGCGGUACUACAUGCGACAUACUUUCGCGACAAGCGAUUGUGCAAAUCUCCGAGAGACAGUCGGAGGAUCGAUUUUUCGAGGCAGGUCGCGACACAUGUUGAUAUCCGAAUGCCCUCAUCUCAUUCGCCUCACACCCACCGGAUUCAACUGCCACGGCGCUGGUUUAUGAACAGUAGUUGUUUGCUUGUACUCGAGAGGCAUCCGCCUUUUCUCGAAUACUGUCGGCCUCGAGGAGAGCGCCGUCACGGGAGAUUGCAAGUUACGCGAAAUGCAUUCCUUCUGUUUCCUCAAUUUUAAUUGUGUUUUCUAUUUUCUGUUGCGUCAUUACUGUUUUUGAGAUUUAUCUGUUUUUUUUUCUUUUUUCAUUGCGUUUCAGGCGUCCAUGUGAUUUAAUAUUUCGUACGUUUAAACGAUAAUCGUUGUCGGAGUUCGGCUUUUAAUUUCUAUUUGUGCGUCUUUUGUUUAUCGGUGGAUUUAUACAGGAAAACUCGCGGUGUGCACUUGCGGACAGAUUGCUUAAAUUUUCAUAAAUUAAUACAACUUUAAAUUUUUUUUUAAGACGUUCACAAACGCUUAAUAAGAUCUCCCCUGUUUCUUUUUUCUUUCUAUCGAGGCCGGCGAUAUAUAAAAAAAAAUCGCAAAGAGGGAUAAGCAAGAGAACAUCAGCGGGAAUGGUGCGCCCUGAUAUUAAGACUGAUGUACAGUAGCGCGCUAUUCUCAUCAUUUCAUGAUCAUCCUCCUUCACCUGUUAUUUCCCCUCCUCCUCUGCCGCUGCAUUCUCUGCCUUUUCCUUCGACACAUGCUUACACGCACGCACGCACGCCCACACACACACACACAUGCACACACACACGCACACAUACACACACCACAUUCCCGUACACUCUCACACACAGAACACACACCGAGCGAAACACACAACACAACAAUACGGAAUCGCAGGGCUAAUUAAGUAUAUAUAUAUUUCGUAUAUAUAUAUAGAUACUAAUGCAUAUAUAUAUUGAAUAUAUAUAUAUAUGUAUAUCGUAUAUAUUUGUCUGAUAUAUGUCAUAUAUGUAUGCGUACACUUGUUUGUACAUCACCGGCUCCUAUAGCGCACUUUCGAGCGGGACGUUACGCGCGAGAAGAUGUAUCUCUCGAAAUUUGAGAAGAUGUUUCUCUUGAAAUCUGCGAAUUUAUGAUUCACGUGAGAUUUUCAGUCAUAACGGAAAACACGAAUUCGGAAACGCGAAAUUUUCUUUCUCUCACUCUCCGUUCGUUCUUGACGGAAAGACGCACGUCCUCGCCGAAAUACCCGCGCGAAGUGAGCGUGAUCAAUGUAUACGGGCCGGUGGUAACCGUCUGAGACACACGAUAGAUGCAGAGGGAAAUAAAAAAAAAAAAGCAAGCAGUCGCAGAGAAAUAUAUU